AAUGUAAUGUAAAAAGUGUUGUGUGAAAAAUUUGAAGAAAAAAAUGCAAUCAUCAGUGAAUAACAAUGACACUCCGUCGGUGUGACAGUCUCCCCGCGAAAUUGAGGGAGGCGCCGAUCGCUAACCCCGAACUAACCCAACCUUUGAGGAAUAAAAUACCCGAUUCUAACACUGACCCAAAUUUAAAAGAAAAUAUCGCCCGAGAAGAAGUUAUCGCCACUUGGAAAUCCCUUCACACCGACGUCAAGAAUAUAAAAAAUGGUUUUCCUACAAAGAAUGACCUUUCGGACCAUGGCACGGAUAAAAGAAUAUCCAUUACCCACAAAUUCAGUCCAGUACCGAAGCGCUAUAACAGAGAACGGAAAAAAAUCACUUACGAUAACAGACAUAUCGCGGUCGGUGCGCAGGAGGCUGAUCGCACCUCGUCGUGUCCUCUGGACAUGGCUCAGAGAUAUCCGACAGACAGGAAAGCUAAUUCGGUUCGACGAAAGACGUUACUCGAUCGCCUUCUAUCCUGGAAAACUGCAGAUUGCGAUUGCAAUGUUAAAUAUUCAUCGAAGUUUUGCCCCGUACCGAAAACACAACCAAAUGAUAUGCUAUGCACUUGUGGCGUUAUUCAACCGAUUGUUACGAACAAUUUGAAUAAAUAUGCAGAGCGUGGACGCUCCAAAAGUGUAGGAUAUGAGGCUGCACGUGAAGUGACUCAAUUCCGCCGGUGCGCAAGCGCAGGUGCAACGGUGGGUGCUGAGACGGCAGCAACACUACGCGCCCGCGCUGCUCUUACCUUAGCGAGACGUUACUACCCGGAGGGAGGUUGGGGAUGGACCAUUACCAUCGUUGGCACAAUUGUUCAAAUUUUAUCGCAUGGUUUACAACUUGGCGGCGGCACUGGUGCGAUAGCAUGUACGGCGGCUGUUAAAUAUCGCGUUCCACCGCUUUAUACGUACGGUUGCCUCGGCGCAAUUUCAGCUGGCGUCGCACUUGCUCUGUCGCCAGUUACGGUUGCGCUUUGCGUGCGCAAAUCUACGCGCGUCACAGCGGUCGUAGGCGGGCUGGUCGCCGCCUUGGGCUGUCUUUUUACAUCCUUUGCUACACAAUUCCAUCAAUUAUUCUUCAGUUACGGAACUGUCGUCGGUGUAGGCGUCGGUUUGACUCGAGACUGCUCAACGUUAAUGGUGGCUCAAUACUUCAAAAGGAGACGAGAGCUCGUAGAGAUUUUCAUUGUAAGUGGCAGCGGUCUCGGCAUAGCUGUCAUGUCGACUUUCAUCAAAAGUGCCAUCAGAGCUAUCGGUUGGCGAUUGGGCCUACAAGCGGUUACAGGAGUCGUUUUUGUUACUUUCAUACUCGGAACAUUUUACCGCUCCGCCUCAUUGUACCACCCACAACGACGUGCCAUACUACAUCUUAAGAACCAAAACAAAAUUAAACGGAAAAUGAAGGAUAGAAAUAAAACGGACGACAGGCAACCUUUCUUCGACUUCUCUACUCUACGGUCUAAAACUGUGAGAAUCUUACUAAUGUCGACUGGAAUAUCAGCGUUUGGGAUCAACACACCGAUAUUUUAUCUCGCUUAUCACGCCGAAGAAGAAGGAUUAGGCGACACAGCGGAGCUACUCCAAGCAUACCUCGGUUUAGCAUGGGCAGUCGGAUGUGCGGCGUUUGGUCUGUUAGUGCGGCAAAACUCAGCCGAGUGCCGUAUAGCUAGACAGUACCUCACCCAAGCUGCAGUGUUUGUGUGUGCGUUAGCCACUAUGGCGCUAACGGCUGUUGAAGGCUCGUAUAGAGGAUACGUGAUGUUUGCUUGGGUCUACGGUAUUUUUUGCGGCGGGUACCACUAUUCACUAAAAAUGUAUACGUACGAACGAGUACGUUCCCGAAACUUCGCACGCACAUGGGGUUUUGUGCAAUGCUCACAGGCCGUGCCAAUCGCUAUUGGGGUGCCACUAUCAGGGUAUAUAAAUGUGGGUUGCGGUGGCAAAGCCGGCUAUUACUUCAGCUCAACGUGCUCGCUGAUCGGUUCCCUGUCGCUUUUCUGCAUCGACCUGCACCGUCGCAGCGUCGCUAACAAACACACCAAAGAAAAUGGCGGUACGGUUGGGUGCGAGUCGACAGCAACGUCGCGCAACCGCGAUCGCGAGCCGCGCACCGCUACCGGGGCUGCAACUGCAUUAGUUCUAGGAGCAGAACUAGUAGCACCAGGCAGAGCUGGCCGAGAUUUAUUACUAGACAGCAUCGGCCCUGGCAGCCUUGGAUCCCCCCCUCCCAAUCUCCCUCCAGAACUGACGUGCAUCAGUGAAGAAGGAGGAUUAGAUUUAGAUUUAGAUCUAGACAUACCGGAACACCUACUAGAGGAAUUGGAUUGUGGGGGAGAUUGUAUUACUAGUUGUAAUAAGGUGGAGAACUACUUGAUGCUGAGUGAAUACGAGAACAAUCUAAUCGCAGAGAUUCCUAACUUGAACGAACGACGGGGACGGCGAUGGUCGAUCGUCGUCGCUAACUCAAACUCCCCGCAGCCCUCCACUAAUCAGGAGAACCAGAAUAAUUCACCCGAACAUCACAGAAAUUCAAUCAAAUGGAAGAAAAAGUGCCAUAAUACAAACAACAGACUGAUAACAGUGAUCAAUGAAGCUUCGUUAUAAACCACUAGUGGAAUAAAGUUGAGACAAUAAAUAGAAAAUAAUUCGUUUAGUGUACCAAUGACCUAUUUAACCUCAUAAUUUAUUUCUUGUGUGUGUAUAGUAGCCUCAUUUGUGUAACGUUCGGUAUUAUUUAUUAAAUUAUUAUGAAGAA